AAUUUGUAUUAUUUAUUUAUUUAUUUAUUACCAAUCGCGCAAAAAAAGAAAUACAUACAUAUCAAGAUAGAUGCUUUGGGGGAUGGCAGCUGCCACCUCAAGUCCAUACUUAGCCAGCAGCAGGAUUCUGUCCGGCUCGGUCAUUCACUCUGAUCGGAGGGGUGGUGGCAUGCAACCGGGCGGCACCACGGUUUCUAGUGGAUACAGAGGGGACCCUUCAAUUAAAAUGGGCCAGGGAGCAAUGGUGGGAAGCAACGGGGACCACAUGUUAAGCCAUGCCCACCAGUGGGUGACAUCGUUGCCUCAUGCAGCAGCCGCAGCAGCCGCAGGCGGCUCCGCUCUGCACCACAGGUCCCCACAUCUGGGACCUCAUCAGACUCACCCGGGAAGUUGGGGAGGCACAUCCGCAUCGCACAUAGGCAUCACAGAGGGGCAGCAGCAGCCACAGUCAUUCGUUUAUUCACAGUCAGGCGGGUUUACAGUCAACGGGAUGCUCAGCUCACAUGCCGGGCAAAGCCUUAUGCACUCGGGGCCGGUGCGCGGCGAGUCCCCGGAGCUGGACCACGGCAACCACCAUCAUCACCAUCACCACCAUAACAACCACUCGCACCAUCACCAGCAUCACGUUGUGAGCCACGAACCGCACUCCGACGAGGACACCCCGACCUCUGAUGACUUGGAGCACUUCGCCAAACAGUUCAAACAGCGUCGGAUCAAGCUCGGUUUCACACAAGCAGACGUGGGCUUAGCUUUGGGCACCUUGUACGGCAACGUGUUUUCACAGACCACCAUCUGCCGAUUUGAAGCGCUUCAGUUGAGCUUUAAGAACAUGUGCAAGCUGAAGCCACUGCUCAACAAAUGGCUGGAGGAGGCCGAUUCCACGACCGGGAGCCCAACCAGCAUCGAUAAGAUCGCUACCCAGGGCAGGAAGAGGAAAAAGCGCACAUCAAUCGAGGUAAGCGUAAAAGGUGCGCUGGAAAGCCACUUCCUCAAGUGUCCCAAACCCUCCGCACAAGAGAUCAACUCUCUGGCGGACACUCUGCAGCUGGAGAAGGAGGUGGUCAGGGUCUGGUUCUGCAACCGCAGGCAAAAGGAGAAGCGCAUGACGCCGCCUGGACUCCCACGUACCCCGGAGGAUGCAUAUUCACAGGUGGGCAGCAUGGGUCCUGACACACCGUCACCCUCCAUAGACUGCAAGAGGAUGUACAGUGACACGUGAAAAUAACUGAAACAAAAUGGACAAGAACUAUGAGCAACGUGUUUGAUUAGACUUUUAGAGAAACAGACGUUUCUCUGAACGACCGCAAUCUUUGCGUUUUCUGUCCGUUGAUCCAUAGUAAAGUUAUCCAUCCUGUUUUCAUGUCACAGUAGGACAAACGUCUACUUUUAUGCACCGUUGAGUAUUUUUCUGCAUAUUUGGGACAUAAUAUUUUACACUCAGUUGAAAUCUGAAUAGAAAACAAUUCAAAAAGUCUUUUAAUGGCAAUAGGCUUUUUGUUCUCUGAAAGAUGAUAAAAACAUUUUAAAGGCUUUAAAGUCAAGAAGGUCAAAGAAAAGAAGUUCUUUCCACUCACACUGUUGCAGAGUUUCUCCUGUAAUGCUGCAGAUUGGGAUGUCUGGGCUAUAGCCUAGGUGUGUUUCCUAAACCAAGGACAUUGAUUUAUUGCUCCUUAUUUAGCAUUACCCUUUUUUUAAUUGAUAAGUAACUUAUCUUCCUUUAAAUGUGUUUCUCACGUUUGUGUUGUGUGUCAAUGGAUUUAUGUUGUGAUACAAAUUUAAGAUGGUUAAAGAGCAAAAAUAAUCAGUACUGUGUUCAGCAUCAUAGGAAACGUCUUUUUUAAAUUAGCAAACAUUCCCCUAAGUUUAUGUACAAGUCUGCUGUUUAUUCUUGUGUGAUGAGUUGGACUAUUUAUUUUUCCACCAUGUUUAUUUUUAUGGAAUAAAAUAAUUAUUUAAAAAAAUGACAUAAGGGAAAAUUGUAAGAAAACAUCUGAGAUGCCAUCAUUACUAAAGCUCCUCUGGAUACACACACACUUGAAGUGAAAUAUUAGAGUCUGCUGCUUUUUAAUGGAUAUUCUCCAAUAAACCAAUUGGGCUCUAUGUGUCAAAAUGGCGAAAUGAGGCCGGUUUCUAUGAAAAUCAGAAAAAAUGUACAGUCGUCAUCUGAUGAAUCAUAUGAAGAAGUCAUAAUGGAAUACAACUAAAGUCUAAAGAUGUAGUUUUAAUAUCCCAGUUCACAGCAGCUUCUAGAGUCAACUUGUCACUUAACUGAUUAGUUGAUCUACAGAGAAUUUUUUGGCAGCUAUUUUGGUAAUGGAUCAGUCUUUAUCAUCGUUUUUCAAGCCAAAUGUUUGCUGG